AUGAAAGAGCUAUUACUCUUACCAACUGAGUUUUUCUUUCUUGUAGGUGCAACAGGGGGGCAUGCUACUGGAGAAAAACAUAUCUCUGCUAGACAAUACUAUGCGUAUAAACUCCAGAGCCGCCCUAAUAAUCUGCUUCUCAGAGCCGGCCGAUGUUUUCAGCAGUAUAUCGUGGAUAUGUAUGCGAAGGUCGAAAAUACACGUCUUGACUUCUUCCGCAAAAACCAGUACACUAUAAGGGAAGACCUGUACCAAGGGAUCCUAGACACUGUAGAAAGAGGGGAAAAUAGCGCUGCUAACGCAGGGCAUCGUGUGGUGUUGCCACCAACUUUCAUUGGAGGCCCUCGAGACCUUAAGAAGGGGUAUUUAAAUGCAAUGGCGCUUGUUCAACGUUAUGGAAAGCCUGAUCUUUUGGUAACGAUGACGUGUAACCCGAAUUGGCAGGAGAUAAAACAAGAACUUGCCAUCGGAGAAGAAGCUCAAAACAGGCCUGAUCUUGUUUCAAGGAUUUUUCGAGCAAAAUUUCUAGCCCUCAAGAAAUUGAUAAUGGAGAAACAUGUGUUUGGUGAGGUUGCUGCAAUGAUCUAUCUCGUUGAGUUUCAGAAAAGGGGUUUUCCUCAUGCGCAUUUUCUCAUCAUUCUCACACCGCCUUGCAAGAUCAAAACUCCUGCCGACUAUGACAAAUUCGUUUCUGUUGAGGUACCCUCCGUGGAUACUCCUCGCCUUCGAAAGAUCAUCCUCAAGCACAUGAUGCAUGACCCUUGUGGCCAGUUAAACCCCAAAUGCCCGUGCAUAAAACAGAAAGGAAAUAAGGAACAUUGUAAAAGUGGAUACCCAAAACAAUUUUGUGACGACACGACCACCAGUACUGAUGGAUUCCCGGUGUAUAGGCGAAGGGACACUGGUGAAACGGUUCCCAUUCGAAAGGCCACCUUGGAUAACAGGUGGGUUAUUCCAUACAACCCGUACCUCUCAUCUUUGUUUGAUUGCCAUCUCAACGUCGAGGUCCACCUGCCUAACAUGCAGACAGUUCAGCUCAGGCCUCGUGAGCAGCUUGAUUCUGUCAUUGCAACUGACAAACGGUCUCGCACUUCUCUCACCGAAUUCUUUAAAGAAAAUGCUGCAACUCCGAAUGGCACAUGCUAUCUAUAUGGGAGGUUUAUAGAAAAAUACAGAUGUGAUGUGGCUGGAAAACAAUGGCUUUUAAGGAAAAACAAGGCUGUGGUUAUUGGUAGGCUAGCUUUUACUGCUCCGUCUGAAGGAGAGCGCUAUUUCCUGAGAUUACUGCUCGUUCAUGUGCAUAACCCUAAAUCAUUUGAGGAUCUCUUGACAGUUGAUGGCUAUCGAUGUGCAACUUUUCAGGAGGCGGCCCUGAAGCGCAGAUUGCUUGAAGAAGAUGAAGCUGUUGAUCUGUGUUUGGCAGAGGCAUGUGAGGUCCAAAUGCAUAUUGCUUUGCGUAGCCUCUUUGCAACAGUCCUCAUUUUCUGCCAACCAAGUAACCCGAAUGCACUGUGGGAUAAAUACUAUGCUGCUCUGUCUGAGGAUUUUAAGCGCCAAUUCCCGGACUUAUAUUCAAAGGUGAAGCAUCUGACAGUGAGAUCAGUGGAGCAAUGCUUGGAAGAGAUGGGGAAAUCCCUAAACACUUUUGGUCUUGAACACUUGAAUGUGGCACAGGAUGCUGAGGUAGCCAGGACCAAAGAUAUAACUGAUGCGCUAGAUGCACCAAUACCUGAACAUUGCAUUAGUUGCCGUGGUAGAUUAAAACUAGCCCAACAAGAAGCAUUCAAUUCCAUCAUUGACCAUGUGAAGCAAGAAAAGGGUGGGGCAUUCUUUAUAGAUGGGCCUGGUGGAACUGGGAAAACGUUUUUGUACAACGCAUUGUACGCAGAGGUCCGACUAAUGGGAAAGAUUGUGUUUGCAACUUCUACUUCAUGUAUCGCUGCAGCGAACAUACCAUCUGGUAGAACAGCCCACUCCAGGUUCAAAAUACCAAUUGAUACUGAAGCUUCCCUAGCUUGCGAUGUCCCAAAACAAGUUAGCUUGGGUGCAUUGAUACAGGCACCAUCUCUUAUCAUAUGGGACGAGGCUUCAAUGGUACUUCUUGUACUACCACGUAAAACUCAGCGAGAAGCAGUUGCAGUCAGUUUAGUCAGCUCUAUCCUUUGGCCUAGGCUGAUAAAGUUUCACCUCACAGAAAAUAUACGCGCCCGUGAAGAUCCAGCCUUCUCCGAGUUUUUACUUGCACUGGGUAAUGGACAGCUGCAAACUGUUGAAAAUAGCCUUGUCUGCUUGCCGAGUGAGGUUGUAAAACCUCUUGAGGAAGGCAAGGAUCCCAUCACAGACCUGACCACUCUUACAUUUCCUGAGCUUGACCUUCACACCUUCACCUCCGACAUCUUUACAACAAGGGAAAUUCUGACUCCCAUGAACACCGAUGUUGACUCUAUAAACACGGACCUUAUUCAAAAGUUCCCAGGGCAGUCGUUUCCCUAUAAACGACUUGACACAAUGCUUGAUGAUAACUGUGAUGUCUAUUCUACAGAAUUUAUAAAUACACUCUGCCCUAGUGGGAUGAGUCCUCAUGAACCUGUCUUAAUGAAGGGAAGUCUAGUAAUUUUGAUCCGAAAUAUUCUCCCAGCUUCUGGCCUAUGCAAUGGUACAAGGUUAUAUGUGGCCUUGUCACGGGCAAGACAAUCAGCUCAGGUUACUGUCAUUUCAGCCGGCACUCCACAACAGCGGACUGGAAAUCAGGGAGAUAUACAGCAACUUUGUGAUAAGCUUGUUGUUGCUGGGCGUAUAAACAAACGUCCAAAGUUGACUUGA